GGGCCUAUGGGCGCGCGGAGGCGCCGCUUUCCGCCCCUCCCCGCCUGAGGGAGGAAGGGAACGAGGGCGAGAGGGGGGCGGGCUUCUUGCGGAGGCUGAGGAGUGACGCGAGGCCAUGGCGGAGAGCGACUGGGACACGGUGACAGUGCUGCGUAAGAAGGGCCCCAGCGCGGCCCAGGCCAAGUCCAAGCAGGCUGUCCUGGCUGCUCAGCGAAGAGGAGAGGAUGUGGAAACCUCCAAGAAAUGGGCAGCGGGCCAAAACAAGCAGCACUCGAUCACAAAGAACACGGCCAAGCUGGACCGGGAGACAGAGGAGCUGCACCACGACAGGGUCCCCCUGGAGGUGGGCAAAGUGAUCCAGCAGGGCAGGCAGAGCAAGGGGCUCACCCAGAAGGACCUGGCCACGAAAAUCAACGAGAAGCCACAAGUUAUCGCUGACUACGAAUGCGGAAGGGCCAUUCCCAACAACCAGGUGCUGGGAAAGAUUGAGAGAGCCAUCAGCCUUAAGCUUCGCGGGAGGGACAUCGGCAAACCCCUCGAAAAGGGCCCAAAGGGGCAGUGAGGACAAAGCCUCGAAAUCAGUUUGCCCCGACUGAUCUCGCCUGGCCGCCUCCUUCCCCCGGACGGCCAGGAUCUCUUUGUCUUCACACCCGGCCCAGCAAGACGGCAGCAGCCUCGCCCGAGGGGAGCCCUCUAGAGUUUCAGCCCUGCUGCCUAAACAACCAGUGACACACACACACACACACACACAAACAUGCACACACAGUACUCUCUCUCUCACCUGACUCUUUCCUUCCAUUUUAAGAGACGGAGUAUCUAAAACCUAAUAAACGCUGCAUCGGAUUCUGCCUGGGGCAAAAAAAAAAAAAAGUUAAUUAAUACAAAGUGUUUUAUCUUUUGGUGUCUAGAAGCAGCUGGGAUUAGGUCUACGGGAAGAAUCUGUGGGGAAGGGGCACAGUCCGGAGAACUGCGGAGGCAGGGUUGAGCCACUGUGGUGGCUGUUGUCUGUUGGUCCUUCCAGCUGCUUGAAGGAGAUCUCCAAUAAAGCUUGUUAAUCCUUCCA